GAUGUCAACAACGCUUCACAAUGAGAACGACAGCGAAUCGGAAGGACUUUCGGGAGAUUUGACAAACAUUUGCCCUCAGUGUGGAGUUACUUUAUCAACUAAUACCGCCUUAAAACGGCACAUGCUCAUCCAUGACGGCGUGAAACCCUACAAUUGCACAAUCUGCGAGAAGAAGUUCAGACAGAAAACGGACCUGCAGCGCCAUCUUUGUACACAUACUAAGAAGUAUCCAUUUAGCUGCCCGCUCUGUGAUUUCAAGUGCGUUGCAAGACAUUCAUUAAAGGCUCAUGGCAGAAACAAGCAUAACAUGCCGGAUCUCCACUAUCAGGUGGUUCCGGCUAGUUUGGAUGAACUGGUACCAAUGACUGAUUAUAAUUUCGAAGCGGGGCAAAUAAAGAAAGAGGAUGAUGAGGAAGAGUCUGUACUUCCAUCUGAUCAAAUUGACUCGAAUCCGGAGACAGAUUCGGCUCAACAUCACAUAUGA